UAUCCUUGUUUUCACUGAUACAGUGUUGUCGGCAGUAUACAGUGCUAUAGUUAUAGUUCUAUUAGUUCUGGUAGUGCGGAUAGUUCCACAGUACACCAUGGAUCGUUGGAAGGGUCGGGUAGCCGUGGUCACUGGAGCCAGUGGGGGUAUCGGGGCUGCAGUUGCUAGGCGACUUGUAGAAAAAGGGAUGACUGUGGUGGGGCUGGCAAGGAGGGAAACUGCAAUGCAGGAGAUGGCAGACUCGCUGGUCGACGCAGGAGCAGUAGGCAAGUUUAUUCCUCGCAAGUGCGACUUGGCCCUGGAGUCAGAACUCGUGGCAGCCUACGCCUGGGUGGACAGCACUCUGGGAGGCGCUGACGUCAUCGUCAACAAUGCUGGCCUGGCCGAUAACAGUCCACUACUGGAGGCCUCCACAGAUGUUUGGCGGAUGAUGUUGGACGUUAAUGUCCUGUCCUUGGCAGUGUCCACCAAACUGGCUCUCACCUCCAUGAUGGCUCGUGGAGUGGACGAUGGCCAUGUGGUGAAUAUCAACAGUUUACUCGGGCACAAGGUCAUAGGCAACCUGUUACCUUUCUACACAGCUACCAAGUGGGCGGUCACCGCGCUGUGUCAGUCCUUUCAGAACGAGUUGUGCGUCCGUCAGUCGCACAUCAGAGUGUCGAGUAUUUGCCCGGGGCUGACGAGGACGGGUCUGUUACCAAACUUUGAAGAAGGGAAGAUGGCUGCAGCACUUGACCCGAGUGACAUUGCUGACGCCGUCGAGUACACGCUAGCUGCACCAUCGUCUGUCAUAGUUGCCGAAGUGAAGCUCGCACCCAACGAGGGGACAGUCGGACAUAUGCUCGCUCCAGUCAGGUCUCUGGAUCAAACCCAGUGAUUAGAGAAAUAUUAUAAUAAGAAAAUAGAAAUAGAAAAUAGUAGAAAUAUUAUAGUACUGAGAUAGGGUAAAAUGUUAAAUUUAACACGGCCAAACUUUGCUUCAUGGCACAAAAUAUGCAAUACUAUAAUGUAACUAAACCUUUUUGUACCCUUGUGAUUUUGUUUUUAAAAUGCUUUAAAUUUUCUCUAAAAGAGCUUUAAAUUAUAUUUUUAUGUUAUUAAAAACUUUUUGAUUAAAACAUG